AUGGAAAAAGAAGAAAGUAGAGUCGAGGAAGAGGAAUUUUAUACAGAGGCUGCAAAAUAUUGGGAACGUGUUCCGCCUACAGUAGAUGGGAUGCUCGGUGGUUUUGGAUUCAUUUCUCAAAUUGACAUAAAAGGUUCUACACAAUUCUUGAAAAGUUUAUUCGAAUUAGAAUUUGUUUCGUUUCAGUUAAAAGAUCCACCAUCGAGAAUGUUUGCAUUAGAUUGCGGAGCAGGCAUAGGAAGGAUAACUAAGAAUUUAUUGUUGAAUCAUUUUAAACAUGUUGAUUUAGUGGAGCAAAAUUUAAAGUUUCUAGAAGUAGCUAAAACAUGUUUGAAAAGUUAUUCGACAAGAAUUUGCAACUAUUAUCCCAUCGGUAAUAUCCCUGUUGGUUUAUACAAAAUACAAGACAUUUAA